CAAGAACCUCUGCUGCUGGGAGAGGCUGUGUCUAAGGAACCAUGAGCAAAAUCUGUGAGGUCGUGCAGCGGGCCAGAGAUGCCUUCAAAUCCGGCAAGACUCGCCCGCUGCAGUUCCGGAUUCAGCAGCUGGAGGCGCUGCGGAGCAUGAUCAAGGAGCGCGAGAAGGACAUUACCCGGGCGCUGCAGGCAGACCUUCACAAGAAUGAAUGGAAUGCCUUCUACGGGGAGGUGGUCUAUGUCCUGGAGGAGAUCGACUAUGCGAUCAAGAAGCUCCCUGAGUGGGCUGAGGAUGAGCCCAUGGAGAAGGCUUCCCAGACCCAGCAGGAUGAGCCCUAUAUCCACUCCGAGCCCCUGGGUGUGGUCCUCGUCAUUGGCGCCUGGAACUAUCCCUUCACCCUCACCAUCCAGCCCAUGGUGGGUGCCAUUGCAGCAGGGAACGCUGUGGUCAUCAAGCCCUCGGAGCUGAGUGAGAACACGGCGAAACUGCUGGCCACCAUCGUUCCUCAGUACCUGGACAAGGAUCUGUACCCAGUGAUCAAUGGGGGUGUCCCUGAGACCACAGAGCUGCUCAAGGAAAGAUUCGACCAUAUUCUGUACACGGGGAGCAGCAAUGUGGGAAAGAUUGUCAUGACAGCCGCAGCCAAGCACCUGACCCCCGUCACGCUGGAGCUGGGGGGAAAGAGCCCCUGCUACGUGGACAAGGACUGUGAUCUGGACAUUGCCUGCAGGCGCAUUGCCUGGGGGAAAUUCAUGAACAGUGGCCAGACCUGCGUGGCUCCAGACUACAUCCUCUGUGACCCCUCCAUCCAGAGCCAAGUUGUGGAGAAGCUGAAAAAGUGUGUGAAAGAGUUCUAUGGGGAAGAUCCCCAGAAGUCCCAAGAUUACGGAAGAAUCAUAAACUCCCGUCACUUCCAGAGGUUGAUGGGUCUGAUGAAGGGCCAGAAAGUUGCCUUUGGGGGCACGGGGGACGCAGCCACCCGGUACAUAGCCCCCACCAUCCUCACGGACGUGGAUCCCAAGUCCCAGGUGAUGCAGGAGGAGAUCUUCGGGCCCAUACUGCCCAUCGUGUGUGUGCACAGCCUGGAGGAGGCCAUCCAGCUCAUCAACCAGCGGGAGAAGCCCCUGGCUCUCUAUGUGUUCUCCUUAAAUGACAAGGUGAUUAAGAAGAUGAUUGCAGAGACAUCAAGUGGCGGGGUGACAGCCAAUGACGUCAUCGUCCAUAUCACUGUGCACUCUCUGCCUUUCGGUGGCGUGGGAAGCAGUGGUAUGGGGGCCUACCAUGGCAAGAAGAGCUUCGAGACAUUUUCUCACCGGCGCUCUUGCCUGGUGAGGGCUCUGCAGAGCGAUGAGACCCUCAGAGCCAGAUACCCACCGAGCGCAGCCAAGACAACCCACCGCUGAAGAGACAGCUGCACCCCAGGGCCUCCCGGGCUGUGUCCUCACCCUGCUCUCCAGCCGGUCAGAGAGUGGCUCCUGGACACCCCAGCAGCUCUUUCGGGGGCCACUGCCUGGGCCAAACCACAUUCUGCCCCAGGGCCUCACCUCUCCAGGUGCCCACCUCCUUUCUAGACAC